AUGACGAAAAAACGGAGUACGUUUUACACAUAUAUAUUUUCAAUUUGCUUGGCUUAUACGUUAGUCUGCUCGUGGAUAUUACCGGUAGAAUCAGCAAGAAUAUUAGCCGUAAACCCAAUUGCCGGCAGAAGUCAUUGGAAUUACGUCAGUUCAAUACUUCGUGUUUUGUCAAAUAAUGGCCAUCAUGUCACUGUGUUUACACCAUUUCCCGAAGGCGACCGAGACAACUAUACUGAAGUAGAUACAUCUAAUGAUCAUCUAAAAUUUCUAGAAAUGAAUUUAAUCGAUGUAGUGGAAACCUUCGCAUCUCCGACUUUGAUGAUCGACUUUAUUAGAAAAAAACGUACCAUUAUAUGUGAUGCAAUGUUUAAAAGUGUUGAGUUAAAUAAAAUAAUGGAAGAAAAAGGAAAUUCAAAUUUCGACGUAUUCAUUAUUGAAACACUGAGCUACGAUUGUGAAUUCUAUUUGGCUAAUGAGUUAACCUUGCCUUUGAUAUAUUUGGUUUCAUCGCCAAUGAUAACAUUUGAAGAAUUAGUCAUUUCCGGUGACAUCCCAAAUGCAGCUACAAUUUCACAUUUAUAUGCUGAUCACGCCAUUCCUAAGACAUUUCUACAAAGAUUUUCAAACACUGUAUUAUUUUGGUACAGUAUGAUGCUUUUAAAUUUUGACAAAUGGACAAGAAAGUAUACGAUGAAUAGACCAUAUGAUUUGGACACAAGUACUGUACGACCGUCGUUGACAUUUCUAAAUAGUCAUUUCAUAAGUGAGGCAUCUAGACCAUUUCCACAAAACGUCAUACAAGUCGGCGGCAUACAUUUGAAACCUCCAAAGAGUAUACCCAAUGAUAUAUUAGAAUUUAUUGAAAAUUCUCCACAUGGGGUUAUCUUGUUCACAUUAGGUUCAAUUGUUAAUAUGUCUACAUCUCCUGACUAUAUAAUAAAUCCACUGAAAGAAGCAUUAGCCCAAGUUCCUCAAAGAAUACUGUGGAAAUAUGAAGGAGAAAUGGUGAAUAAACCAAAAAACGUAAUGUUAAGAAAAUGGUUACCUCAACGAGAAAUUCUAUUGCACCCCAAUGUAAAAUUAUUCAUCAGUCACGGAGGUAUUUCAGGAGUAUAUGAAACAGUGGAUGCUGGAGUUCCAGUUCUUGGAUUCCCGUUAUUUUACGAUCAGCCAAGGAACAUUGACAACUUGGUUAAUGCCGGAAUGGCCAUUUCCAUGGAUAUUUUAUCUGUGAAAAAGGAUACAUUUUUGAGAAAUGUAUUGGAACUAGUAAAUAAUGAAAAAUAUAUGCGAAAUGCAAAAAUCGCUUCCGAUAUAUUCAAAAACCGUCCGAUGUCUCCUGAACAAUCAAUACUUUACUGGACUGAAUAUGUAAUUCGUCAUAAAGGUGCCCCGCAUUUGAUGCCUCACUCAUUUAAUCUAACUUGGUACCAAUACCUUUUAUUGGACGUCAUCGCUGUGACGGUAGUCUUUAGUUGUUUGAGUCUAUUUAUAACGUAUUAUAUAUUCAUAAAAAUGAUUCGCAAAUAUAGUUGGAAAAAUUUGAAGAAUAUUAAAGCAAAAUCAGAAUAA